AUGUCCAUCGUCCAGCGCCUCACCGGCCCGUCUUCUUCAUCUAUAUCUUCGUCCGGCGCCGGAGACCUCUCUCCCGCUGCGAGGAUCACCUCCAUCGAGAAAACCAGCCCGUCGGAUAGAGAGAGAGACAGGGCCGGCAACACUGCCGCGGUUAUGGGUAUGGUGGAAGGAGAGGGAGUAGUAGAACUGGGUCAAGCUCAUCCGGGGAUAUCAUCUCCUGCGCCGGCUACUUUGGCUCCAAUUCUCGAUGGUUUCUUCUCUCCAGGAAAUGAACCGCACAGCUUUCCUCCGUUCCACGAUCUGAGUCCGUUUUGGCAUAAUGGGUUCACGGCGAGUCCUUCGGGGUUGUUUUCAGCUCCUUUGAUUUCUUCAUCUCCUUCUUCGAUGGACUUAUUCAACAAUUUUUUGGACUUUUAA